AUGGCGCAGGGGAAGAACCUCCCGCGUCUGCCUGACGCGUUGGGUCUUUUCUCUUCUUCUCCCCUCUCUUCCUCUGCCGUCUCUUCUUCUCCCCUCUCUUCCUCUUCCCUGUCUUCUUCUCCCCUCUCUUCCUCUCCCCUCUCGUCUUUGUCGUCUCUUCCGGAGCGCCAUCUUCCGAAUGGUCCUUCGGCGUCUCCGACGCCGACGGGGAGUGCCGUUCUCCAGGCUCUCGAGGCCUCUUUCCAAGCGAAUUAUGCCCAUAUAAAUGGAUCGGCGCCCGCGGAUUCUUCGCUUUCGGGCAACCUCACAUCUCUCUCCGGUCUGACGCAUGCGCGUCUCGUGCCUCGCAGCCUCGCGGCUUCUUCGGCCGCUCCCGCCUCGGGCUUCAUAGGGAGACGGUCUCACCACGUUAAACUCGAGAGAUGCAACGGCCUGGAAGUCUUUCUCGUCUCCAAUCUCCCCACAGACCUCGCUGCACGCUACCCCGCGUUCGCCGCUCGCGAGGCAGAAGAGGGCCAUGGGUUACCGGUUCUCCAUCACGUCCACCUCGACGAGCCGGCGAGCGCAUCUGCUGACAACGUGGCUGUCCAGGAAAAGAUGAAGAGCCGCCCUGUCGACCGGGACACCGUUGCCAAUCCGCGACUCGUCGUCGAACACUCGCAGGUGACGCCGCUGUGGAACGUGACCGAGCCGGAAAACAGAGAAGGGUUGCCGGUGAUCCGCAUCGCCGAGGGCGCCGCCUCCGUUUUCCGCAUGUCCGCUCCAGUCGUGGGUCUCGGAGACAUGCUCUCCGCUCUUCUCGAAAUGCCCGUCAUGAACGUCGAGAUCCACGCCGACUACAGCAUCGCCCUUUCCUACCGGUUGAACGCUGCGGAGGGACGAGAAAUCUUCCACAGCCACGUCGAUCCAAAGCACCGACCGAUUGCUGACCUCGACAUCCAGUAUCUGAAGUGUCGAGAUCCGCUGGCAGACGAACUGGAAGUCGGACUCGAGGAAGCGAAAAAGCAUGCACUCAUGGUCAACGUCACGCUCUGGACGCAUGCAUGCGCUCCUGUGAGCUUUUACUGGAAGGUCGUGUGUGCUGGAAACGACCGCCAUCUCCAACCGCCUGCGCACGGCGUGCACAUGGGGACCACGCAGCCGGCGCAGAUGAAGCUGGGACAGGACCGCGAUGUCGACGAUGCAGCGUCUGGAGACUGGGCGGCGUCAGGUUUGCGUGACGCGUCUCGGCGGCACCGGCUGAAGCUGAUGACGCAGCUGGAAGGCGACCUUGUGGCUGACGGGUCUUCGGCGCCGGGAUGUGCGGACGUUCGGAGGCCUCAAGUCGAGAUUCCCAAGGAUAAAAACUCGAUGGACUUUUUCGUCUGGUGUAAAGGCUGUACCGGGGGCAAGGUCACGAUGCAGCUUCCAAGUAUAGCGGCAGAUCUGGACGUGGUGUAUCCGAUUGUGCACCAUUUCCACUCGGCGAAUUCGCGAGAGGAACGCGAUCGAGACGCGAGCACGCCCGGCAUUAUUCCGCCGUCGCAUGUGACUGUUGUCGACGUGAAGGAAGGCCAAGAAGACAGAGACGUCCAUCACUUUCGAAUCGAUUUCAACUGCAAAGCGGAAGCCACCGUCGACUCCGUCUUCAAAGAUCCAGUCUGCGCCACAGGCAUCGCGAGUCCGGAUGGCACGGCCUGCUGCGCGAGCAAAUGCGGAGUGUGUGGCGGCGAGCAGUGCCACGAGCGGCCAGGCACCGUUGACGAAUGCUGCGUCACGUACAUCCACGCCCGGCAGCGACCGUGUGCGUUCAACCCGCCGCCUUGCGUUCUGCGCUCCCUGAAUGAAGAUGCAGCGGCGGCGCGAGUGGCUUCGGCGCUACAGAUAUCCCAACAAACCCGGGGUUCCUCUUCCUUUCUGUCUUCGCUUCUUCAGUUUGCCCUCUUUGCCUUCUGGCUGUUGCUGUACGGGAUUCUUCUGCUGCUCGUGCUUCUCUAUCUCUACACGGUACUACACCGUCUCGUGAUUUUGCGCCUGCCUCUCGGCAUCGCUCUCCUGCCUACGGUGUCCCAGCUGAUACAGACCGCGUUCUUGGGGUUUGGCGCACUCAGACAUUUGUAUCUCUCAAAACUGCAAGCUUUGACGCCAAAGCGCCACGCGUACACGUCCUUCGACGCGCCGUCGUCUUCGGUCCGUUCUUCCUCGUGGAUGCCUGACUUGUCGAUCUUCCAGGAUCCUGCGCGGACUCCGCAGUUCAUUCCUUUGUCUUCUCUGUCUUCAGCCGAUUACCUCCCGCGCGAGACGCGCCGUGGACCACACAGGCAUGACCAAGGACGAGAUGGAACAGAGGAGGGUUCUCUCCCUGCUGGCGUUCCUCGCGUUCCCACGCCCGGGAGGGAGGGCGGAGAAUUCGAUGCAAGUGCAGGAGCCGAGCACUUUGAUGACUUCGAAUAUGGUGAUUUGUAG